CGAUUGACGUGAAUGUGAAACACUUGAAAAACUUUUGUUUGAUUUUUGUAUUUUCUUUAAUUGUUAUGAUUUAUUAGAUUUAAUAAAAGUGUUGAUUGAAUGGAAAGCCCUUUAUUUCCGACACAAGUAUUCAGCGAUGACUUUGAGUCAGUCUAUGAGCCAUCGGAGGACACAUUUGUGUUGAUGGAUGCCAUCCAACAGGACUUACCACUCAUCCAACAAAUCAAGCCAUUGGUGUGCGUUGAGGUGGGCUGUGGUUCUGGUGCUGUCAUCACAUCCCUGGCCAAGGCCACAGACUUCAAUGGAAAGGCAUUAUCGACGACAAGAAAGUGUGGAUCAGUUAAUGGUGUCGAGGGAUGCGUUCAAUUAGUCCGCACUGAUCUGACACAAGCCAUUGAAAGCCGAUUGUCUCAUAGCAUUGAUCUACUUCUGUUCAAUCCUCCAUAUGUGCCAACACUUCCACAAGAAGUAGGCGUCUGUGAUAUAAGUGGUUCGUGGGCUGGAGGUGUUGAUGGGCGACAAGUGAUCGACCGGUUCCUGCCUACUGUCCCAUCACUGCUCAGUGACAAUGGUUUGCUGUAUAUGAUUGUUGUCAAAGAGAAUAAGAUCUCAGAAAUAUGUGAUCAGAUGAAAGCAAUCAACUUUCAGAUGACUGUAGUAUUAGAGCGUAAAGCGGGUGCCGAACACCUGAUGGCACUUAGAUUUAACAGAUGUCCUGUCAUUUGAUAUGAUAUGCAAACAAUUAUCAACUUUUAAACAGAAUUUACAACAAUUUUA